CCUGAAGGGACACGGAGAUUCGGACCUCACAGGCUAAGCAUCUGUGAUGCCCACUAUACUAUAUUCUGAGGCACCAUCAUGCUGCGGGGAUUGAUCCUCUUCAUUCUCUUCACUCAGGUUAUGGCUGGGAGAUGGGGGCAACUGUGUGAUGGCAAUCCCACAAACAGAGUGAGAGGGAAAGAUAGAUACGGCAGAGGAGAGUAUGGAGCACCCAGGGGUAGACGCACACACUUGGGAGUCGAUGUGAUUUGCAGUGACGGGUCGAUAGUUCAUGCCCCCUUUACCGGCAGGAUGGUGAGACAGCUGAAUCCCUUUGGUAACAACAAUGCGAUUGACAAUGGAGCGAUGCUGGAAGGAUCAGGUUACUGCGUCAAGAUGUUCCCCAUCACUGCACAGCGUUACACUGGGAGCGUUACGAAAGGGGAGGUGAUUGGGAGGCUGCUGAAUAUUCAAGACGUUUACCCCGGAAUGAUCUCUCACGUACACAUCCAGAUGUGCGAUACCUCCAUAAACCCCACACCCUACCUGUAA